AUGUGUGCUUACUGGAUUUGUUUCUGCUCUUAUGGCAUUUAUCAUUGUGUUGCAGCUGCACAACCCUUGGUGGAGGAGGUCACCUUUCUAGCUGAAUUUCGUGCAGAUCGUUUUGACCAUCCAGAAUUGCAACAGCUAGCAAAGACCCGGCCAGUGUCGUCGGUGAAUUCUGCAGUGUACGGUGUGAGUUGGGUUCAUAAAAAGAGUGGUUAUCAGGAGCCGAGUAAGUAUCCGGUAGUGAAACAAGUGGUUGAUGCUGCCAGGCGAAUUCUUGCCAGACCAGCUGAACGUAAAGAGCCAUUGUCUUCUGUUCUGGUGCGGAAAGUGAUCGGUCGCCUUGAGAAGGGUAACCUUGGUGACCUCCAGCGGGCAGCCUUGUUUUCCCUGGGUUUCUUUGGUUUUCUUCGAUGGGAUGACUUGCGCCAUUUCUCAGUAGACAGUUUUUAUUUUGCUGAUUCCCAUGUAGCUAUUUUUCUGGAAAAACGGAAGAAUGAUCAGUUCCGCGAGGGGCUCUCCGUUAUUUCGACGCGUGUGGCAUACCAAGAGAGGAGUUCGUCUGCGGAAAGAGGCUGUAUGUCUUACAGUCGGGCAAAGGAGCUGAUCAAGGAGGAGCUUGGCAAGGAAGGUCAGGACCCCACUAAGUUUGGAAUCCAUAGCCUGUGUUCAGGAGGAACUUCUGCGGCAGCAGCUCUCGGUGUGCCAGACAGACUCUUCCAGAGACAUGGAGGUCGGAGAAGUGAAAGGGCUCGGAACAAUUACGUAAAGGAGUCUUUAGACUCGCUUCUACUUGUUACGAAGUCAAUUUAG